AUGACUAAAUUAUAUAAUGACUCAAGAUUCGCAUUCAUUUCAAGUGUUUCAAGUGCAAGCUUUACGAGUUUUACCGUUUCAACUGUCUCAAUUUCUUCCACUCCAGUUGAGCAAAGAUCACCUUAA